AUGCAAUCGCAACAGGCCUUUGCCGAUAUUAAGGCACAGGAAAGUAUAGAAUUCAAUAAGAGGACCCUUCUCUAUGUCCAGGAUGGUACUUCGUUGGGAUUUGGUUGUGGAGCAGGUAUCUUGCAACUAGAAGGCUUGCAAGGCUUUGGGUUUUUUGCAGCGUCUUAUCUAGUGGUUGCACUUCUGUAUAUAGCGUGGUUUUGCAAAUUCCAACCAAACAAGUAUUAUCAAAGCCCAGUCCAAGAAAUCGUGAUAGACUCUUUCUUCAGAGAGUUGGCUGGUUUUGUCAUGGCAUGGACCUUCGUUUUUGCCUUGGUUGGAUAG